UAAAAAUAUUGUGAAUACUUUACUCUAUUCUUGCCAAUGAAAAUCAUUCUAUUUUUUAAGAAUGAUGCGCAUGCGCAAGAUUUGUUUUCAAAAUGUCAGCGGACGAAGAUACUGAACUUCGUGAUUUAGUCGCAAAUACACUAGAAACAAAUGGAGUUCUUGGUAAAAUAAGGGCACAGCUGCGUGCAAGCGUGUUCUUAGCUUUAGAGGAACAGGAUGCAGUACAGAAUAAAACACCACUUCUCAACCAAGAUCUAAAGAAAUUUAUAGGAACAAAAGAGGGGAGGAUUGUAACUAGUUUAGUGAAGGAGUUCCUAGAACACUUCAACCUUGAGUUUAGCACUGCUGUGUUCCAACCAGAGACAGGAUUUACUUUACAGAAGAGCAGAGAAGAUUUAGCGCGAGAUCUCAACAUUGUAGAAUCUGAAAAAUCCCAUAAUGCUCCACUUUUGGCAGAAGUUGUGAAACGCCUCGGCUCAGAUCCAAAAACUCCAAGACGUGAUGGAGUUGAUGAUGGCACUGAAUACAUCAGAGUUCCAAAGGAUUUGUCCAAUAAACAUAUAUCUGAGGCAAAGAGAAAGUUUGAACAAUAUGAUGAAGACAACAGUGGUUCUAUAGAUAAAGAUGAAUUGAGGAGUCUCUUUGCUGAUAUGUUCCCACAUUUCCACAGAAACAUGUUAGAGAGAUAUGUUACUGAUGAGUUCCGUGCCAUAGAUAAGGAUUUUAGUAAUACUAUUGAUUUUGACGAAUUCCUACAAAUGUACAAGCGUCUUUUCGUCCUGUGUAAGUCUGUUGUGUCACAUGACAUCUCUGAUAUCACACUACAAUCUCCACGACGUCUAUCAGACACCCCAUCAAAAAUCCCAGCACCUAUUAAAAAGGGUCCACAGCAGAAUGGCAAUGGGGAGAUUAAGGCAAAGAAACUUGUUGAAAAUGGCAACAAACACCAAGCAAGCAAACCCUCCAAUGUAUUAACAGGUGCUGACGAUCAUGAUGAUUUCUUUGAUGAGCCAGUGGUGAAACAACAGGAUACAAAAAGUCGUGGUAAAGCUGACGUCAGACCAUCUCACAUCCCUGUAUUGUCACCUGGCAACAGCUUGCUUAAUAAAGAUGAUAAAAAGUCCUCAGGAAAGUCGCAACUGCCAAAACCAACUAGUCCAUCUGGUAUGAGCUCAUUAUCGGGGCUCCCAUCUUUGACAUCAGGGGCUGGUGGAGGGCUUGGCUCUUUAAGGGAUGCACCUCCACUUCCAGGUUUAGGAAAGUCAACAGACAAUACAAAUGGUAGUAAAUCUCCCGAUUUAGAAAUCAAGGCAAUAGAUAAACGUAUAGCAGAUCUUGGAUUUGAAGUCCCAGAUGACGAUGAUUACGAAGAUGACUUCCAGAGUUCUGUUAGUGGUAAGACACUCAGUGCACGAUCUGAUAAGUCCAAACAAUCUGAUGUUGAUGGAGGGAGUAUAGAAGAGGACAUCGAAGAGGAGAUUCUGGAGGAUAUAUCUAUUGGGGAUGAUCUUCUCAAGAGCAGUCAGAGUGGGUUUGAUGAUUUAACCACUGACAGAACAAUAUCUCAGGCUAGCAUAGGGUUCGAUUACAUGGAGGAAAUCAAAACAUAAAGAACUGACACUUUGAUGCGAUGACACAAUGCUCACAUUUUCCAAUGUGAUGACACACCAAGUAGACACAUCGAGACUGUAGCACAAUGUUUUAGAUCUCAUGAAAAUGUCCAUGUGGUGACACCUUGAGAUUGCAAGAUACUUUGAAGUGAUGACAUAAUGCCAAGUCACAUUGUUGGAAAUGCUUCGAGCCAUCAAUUUGGGGUAACCAAUUUUUGCUUCAAUAGUUAAGAAUUUUCCAGGACAUUU